AUGGCCAAGUCUCUUUUAUCCACCUCCAAGCCACUCAAGGCCACACUUUACAUAUUGGUCCUAGCCAUCAUCCUUGGAUAUGCCAACUCAGCUAGGAUCCUUGAUGAGGCACUUCCUGAAGCAUCCAAUCCUCUCCCAACACCUGUCCCUACCACAAAUCCUCAGACAAAUCCCACUACCUCAUUGCCAAGUGGCCAAAUCCCCGCCAUCGCCCCCUCAACCACAACCGUUGAUGACACGGAGGAUGAUGCUGACUCGCCAAUUCCAGAGACUGAUGUGGCACCACCAGUAGUCCCUCCUGUCACCACUGUACCAGAAGCUGACUCACCACAACCCGAGCCUGAGGAACCUGCCACCGUGCCAGCACCCAUUGCUGCUGGGGUGGCACCCGGUGUAGGUCCUGCUGUCACAUCACCAAGUACCCCAAUCCCAGUCACCACACCCGUGGCAGGUCCUAUCCCCACAUCACCAACUGGACUCACCACCCCAACCGCCGCCGCUGCCAGCGCCACCGUGGCAAAACCCGGCGCGGAAAACCCACAUUUGUCCUUCUUCAUGCACGACAUUCUAGGAGGAUCACACCCAUCAGUCAGAGUGGUCACUGGCCUGGUAGCAAACACAGUUUUCAACGCCCCUUUCUCCAAGGCCAACAACAACAUCUUCCCAGUCAGCGGCGGGACCCCGUUGACCAACAACAACAUAAACGGCUUCCACAACAACAACAAGAACAACAUCCCAAGCAUCGCAGGCCUCACCGGCCUCACCAACUCACAGAGCAGCACAGUGAUCCAGAACAGCGGCAACAACAACGUUGUCAGUGGCGGCAGCAACCAACCCUUCGUCACGGCGGGCCAGCUGCCGACUGGAGCCACUCUCCAGAAGCUCAUGUUCGGCUCGGUGACGGUGAUCGACGACGAGCUGACCGAAGGACACGAGCUGGGUUCUGCCGUGCUUGGAAAGGCACAAGGUUUUUACUUGGCAAGCUCGUUGGACGGGAACAGCCACACCAUGGCUUUCACCGUGUUGUUGCAUGGCGAACAUGGCGCACAUGAUGAGGUGGAGGACACUAUAAGCUUGUUUGGGGUCCACCGUACUGCCUCCCCUGUUUCUCACAUUGCUGUGAUUGGUGGGACCGGGAAGUACGAGAUGGCUAAUGGGUACGCUGCCAUUGAGAGCCUUCAUCAGGAGGACCAGCACACGACUGAUGGCGUGGACACUAUAAUGCAGAUCAGUGUUUACCUCUCUGAGUAG